AUGGAAUCAAUGACUUCAUUGAAUUGCUGCUUAUCCAACUCCAUCUAUCUUGAAAGCGACUUGGGAGUUGAAGGUGGUACGUUCUUAUUCGACGUAUCUCAAGACCUGGCCACCUUCACGGGCGGACAUGUAGACAUGCUAAGCUCUGAUUAUUUACCAACUAUGCCGGAACUCAAGCUUCUUGAUGAUGGGGACUUUUUGAGGGCUUGGGGUGGCAUAUCAUCUUUGCAGAGGGCAAUUGCAAUUGGGAACCAUGCAGAUAUGGUAGUGUGGGAUCCAUAUGUGGAGUUUGACCUUGAUGAUGGACACCCUGUCUACCUCAAGCAUUCUGGCAUUGAUGGAAAUUUGAGGCUUGUGGAUGGAAAACAGAACACUGUCUGGUCAACCAGUGUCACCACCUCAUUGAAUAAUUUGGAAGCAGUGCUUUUAGACACCGGAAACUUCAUUUUGAGAGAUCAUAUAUCUGGAGGAAUCUUUUGGGAAAGCUUUGAUUAUCCUUGUGAUACUUUCUUACCUGAAAUGAUGAUAGGAUUGAACACCAAAACUGGAGAGAGACGCUUCUUGGAUUCGUGGAAAUCUGCAAAUGAUCCAUCAUCCGGAACAUUUGUAAUUGGAGUUACUGCUGAGUUGCCACCACAAGUUUUUCUUUGGAAUGGGUCAAAUCCAUACUGGAGAAGUGGCCAAUGA